AUCCCUCUCGCUCUCUCUUCUCUCCCCCCUCACUCUCUCUCCCUCGCUCUCUUCUUUCUAUUCUCUCCCUCUUUUCUCUCUCACUCUCUUUCCCUCUCUCUUCGCUCUCUCUCUCCCUUUGUCUUCUCUUCUCCCUCUCCCUCUCUUUCCUCCUCUCUUCUCUUCUGUCUCUCUCUUUCUCUCUCCCUCUCUCAAAAGUCUGCUUGGUGUCUUCAUGUGUGGGCGGGCAAGGUUGCUUCUGAAAAGGAAUGUGAUUUUCAAUUAAAGGACAGGUGUGUGUGUGUGUGUGUGUGUCUGAAGGGAUGGGCAGUGGUGGUGGUAGAAAAGCUAAAGACAACUGACAGCAGGAAGAGAAAGCAAGCAUUGCUACAAUCAACAGAUUCUCUGCCCGAGGUGGAAGAUGCCUUUCAUUAAGGAGUCUGGGAAGAAAGCGAAGGAUAUUUCAGCGGUGUACGAGCUGAAGGAGAAACUUGGAGAAGGCUCUUUCUCAGAGGUGCGGGUGGCUCAGCAUCGACGCUCUCUGAGGCUUGUAGCUGUAAAGUGUAUCCACAAGAGGGCGCUGAAGGGAAGAGAAGCUCUGCUGGAGAACGAAAUCGCUGUGCUUCGCAAGAUCCAUCAUGAGAACAUAGUCUCACUCGAGGAAACCUUUGAAACACCAACAAAGCUUUAUCUGGUGAUGACUCUGCUGACUGGCGGGGAGCUCUUGGAGCGGAUUUUGGAGAGAGGGAACUACACAGAGAAGGAUGCCAGUCGCGUGAUCCAACAGGUCCUGGAGGCGGUCAGAUACCUUCACCAGCUGGGCGUGGUACACAGGGACCUGAAGCCUGAGAACUUGCUCUAUGAAAGUCCUCUAGAAGACUCCAAGAUCGUCAUCAGUGACUUUGGCCUGUCCAAAAUGGAGGAACAAGGAGUUUUGACCACGGCCUGUGGGACGCCUGCUUAUGUGGCUCCAGAGCUUCUUCAGCAGAUGACCUAUGGUAGAGAGGUGGACCUGUGGGCUUUAGGGGUCAUCUCCUAUAUACUGCUCUGCGGCUACCCGCCAUUUUACCAUGACAACGACACCCAGCUCUACCGGCAGAUCAUAAAGGCAGAAUACGAGUUUGAUUCGCCUUACUGGGACUACAUCUCCGAAUCAGCCAAAGAUUUUAUAUCGCAUUUACUGCAAAAAGAGCCAGAGACCCGAUACAACUGUGAACAGGCCCUACAACAUUCUUGGAUCUCAGGUGGGGAAGCGCUAGAGAAGAACAUUCAUGACUCAGUCAGUGAGCAGAUCCAGAAGAACUUUGCCAAGAGCCAGUGGAAGCCUUUACAGAGCACGUCUCCAGCGACACUCGUCCUAAGUGCUGUGCCAGGUAGUAUACAUUACGGGAGGCGCGUGUUCCCUUUCAGAGAGCCUUCAACGCCACCGUGGUGGUACGCCACCUCAGUAAGAGGGCCCAGGACGCCGGGGAGGAGGUGGAGACAGAGGAGGAGAAACCUGCUAAAUCAGCUGCUUAGACCAAGAGAGUCAGAGCGACAGUCUGGUGUCCUGAUGUUAUCUGCUGAUGUGCUGCAUGCAAGCUCAAUUAUGUCCGUCAAACGCCUCUUGCACAGUGAAUACAUCUAUUGAGUCUUAUGACAAGAAGACCAAGACAUGCCCUUUAAUGGACUGGCAAACGCUGCAAACAGCUGUAUUUGAAUAAUGCAUUUUACUUAGUGGAACAGGAAAAGAAAAUGGCUGGAAAUGGCUGGUAUUGGUGCCUGGUGUGUCUGGUGUGGUGUGUUCUCACAAUGAGUUAGCUUGUAUAUGUUCUUCGGGGACCAGUAUCAAUAUCAUCCUAAUCAUCACAGGAUCACAGCUUCUAGUUUUGAAAUACCCGAUUUUGAGAUUUUUUGAAAUGAAAGGUUUUGAAAUACUGGGCUCUGAUUAUUCCAGUGGUAGCCAACCCUAUUCCUGGCGACCUAACAUCCUGUAGGUUUUCAUUUCAGCCCUAAUUUGGCACACCUGACUCUACUAAUUAGCAGCUGAAUGAGACCUCUAGCUGUUGAAUGACGUGUGGUUGGUUAGGGUUGGAGUGAAAACCUGCAGGACAGUGGAUAGACCGAAAUAGACCGACUGACCUGCAGUUUCCUAAAAUAUAAUCAUUCCCUGAGCAUUGACUUACUGCAUUAAGUGUGAUAAAUGUGCAGUUUCUCCAAGUUUCACUUUUAUGAAGGAAAUAUUAUGAUGGCUCAAUACUCAUCAUCAUUAAACAAAUCAUGAUUAAUCACUACUAUGGAUUAUACAUGAGUAUGAUGUUGAUUCUUGAAUAUCAUAAUUUCAUAUCUGUUAUAUACACUCAGUGACCACUUUAUUCGGUAGAACUGUGCACCAGCUGCUUGUUAAUGCAAAUAUUUAAUCAGCUAAUCAUGUAGCAGCAACUAAAUGCAUAAAAGCAUGCACAUGUAGUCAAUAGGUUCAGCUGUUUUUCAGACAAAAUGCCAGAAUGGGGAAUAAAUGUUAUCUAAGUGAAUUUGACCGUGGAAUGAUAGUGAUAGCCAGACAGGGUGGUUUGAAUAACUCAGAAACUGCUGAUCUCCUGGGAUUUUCAUGCAAAAUAAUCUCUUGAGUUUGCAGAGAAUGGUGUGAAAAGCAAAAACAUUCAGUUCAAAAAACAUUAACCAAUCAGUGACUUGAAUGAACCCAGAACACCCCAAAAACCAGCAGACACUACGGCCCUCCAGGACUGGAGUUUGACACCUGUGCUCUUAAUGGAUAGGCUACAGCAGCAGAAGAACAAUAAGUCUAAAAAAGAAGUCUAAUAAAUACCUAAUGAAGUGCUCACUGACUGUAUAACAAUUAGAAAUAAUGUAUGUAUUUAUGUCAGACCUGGGUCAAAAAAUUUUUUUCGGUGAUUGAUUGAUCACGCCUGGUGCAAUUGAGCCAGGCUUUGUAGUUUCUGAGAGUAUUUCAUAGGUUCCAAUACCCCAGUAAAAUGUGGAAAAAUGUUUGAAUCCAAAACAAUUACGUAUAACCCUGGUCUGAAUGAUGUAUUUGUUUGUCAUUCACAAUGCCUCUUUGUGCAUAUGAAGUACAUAUAAAAACCCACUGCAUCCA